CCCCGCCUCGCGCCGCCGGUGCCUCCGCUCGGGCCCGAUUUAAAUCCAGGCAAGCGAAGGAAAAUGGCGGCGCGGGGACUGAGGGUGGUGGGGACGGCGAGAGGAGCCGGGCUUUGGCUCCUUUCCCAGGCAUUCCUAUGGGCUUCUGUUGGAGAGAACACUGUGCUAGGAUGUGACUUAAAAUGACUUCUGAUUCUGAAGGUCCUCUGAAAAACAGGCUGUGCUUGAAUGUUUGCUAAGGAUAAUUGCUGAUGCAUGGUCAAAAUGAGUGGAUUAGGAGAAAACUCCUUGGAUAGCUUGACCAACGAGUCGAGGAAGCGCAAACCACUGCCCUGUGAUACACCAGGUGCAAGUCUGACCUGCAGUGGUGAGAAGCGGCGGCGUGAGCAGGAAAGCAAAUACAUUGAGGAACUGGCUGAGCUGAUCUCUGCUAAUCUGAGCGACAUCGACAACUUCAAUGUCAAACCAGACAAAUGUGCUAUUUUAAAAGAAACUGUGAGGCAGAUUCGACAGAUAAAAGACCAAGGAAAAGCAGUUUCUAAUGAUGAUGAUGUUCAGAAAGCUGAUGUAUCUUCUACUGGUCAAGGAGUUAUUGACAAGGAUUCACUGGGGCCUCUUUUGUUACAGGCAUUGGAUGGCUUCCUGUUUGUUGUAAAUCGAGAUGGGAACAUAGUGUUUGUAUCAGAAAAUGUCACACAGUAUCUGCAGUACAAGCAAGAAGAUUUGGUUAAUACAAGUGUCUAUGGGAUCUUGCAUGAAGAGGACCGGAAAGACUUUCUUAAAAACUUACCUAAAUCUUCAGUCAACGGAGUGGCUUGGAGCAGUGAAACCCCCAGGCAGAAGAGUCACACAUUCAACUGCCGGAUGAUGGUGAAAAGCUGCCAUGAGCUUUUGGAAGAUGUGGGCAGCCACCAGGAUGGACGGCAGAGAUAUGAAACUAUGCAGUGCUUUGCUUUGUCACAACCAAGAGCUAUGAUGGAAGAGGGGGAAGAUUUGCAGUCCUGCAUGAUUUGUGUGGCGCGUCGUAUCACAACUGCAGAGAGGGUGUUUUCAACAAAUCCAGAGAGCUUUAUUACAAGACAUGAUCUCUCAGGCAAACUUGUCAACAUUGAUACAAACUCCUUACGAUCUUCCAUGAGGCCUGGCUUUGAAGACAUAAUUCGUCGCUGUAUCCAGAGGUUUUUGUGCCACAACGACGGGCAGUCGUGGUCAAACAAGCGCCACUAUCACGAAGCUUAUACACAGGGUCAUGCUGAAACCCCGUUGUAUCGGUUUUCUUUAGCUGAUGGGACCAUAGUGACAGCACAAACCAAGAGUAAACUGUUCCGAAAUCCUGUCACCAACGACCGCCAUGGCUUUGUCUCUACCCACUUCCUCCAAAGAGAACAAAAUGGAUAUCGGCCAAAUCCUAAUUCCGUUGGGCAAAACAUCAGAACACCUGUGGCUGGAAACACAAAUUCUGUUGGUGGUCUUAUGAACAUGUCACCUGGUCAAGGCAUGCCAGUGCAGAACAGGAACUAUGGUAUGGGAGAUCCCAAUGCAGUGGGUCAACUCAGCAGCACUCGAUAUGGAGGCCCUGGGAAUAUGGGGCCAGCGAGCUCUGGCCCUGGAAUGCAAUCCUCUGCUUAUCAGAACAACAGCUACGGGUUAAAUAUAAACAGCCCACCACAUGGUAGUCCUGGGUUAACUUCCAACCAACAGAAUCUGAUGAUAUCUCCUAGAAAUCGAGGGAGUCCAAAAAUGAGUUCACACCAGUAUUCACCAGUUACAGGUAUGCACUCACCAAUGGGAUCUGCCAGCAACACAAGCAACAGCACUUUCUCUAGCAGCUCUCUCAGUGCUCUGCAAGCCAUUAGUGAGGGUGUUGGAAAUUCCCUUUUAUCAACACUUUCUUCACCGGGUCCAAAACUGGAUAAUUCCCCAAACAUGAGCGUAACUCCGCAAAGUAAAACAAGUACCCAGGACUCCAAAAGCCCUUCUACUUUGUAUUGUGAACAAAACCAAGUGGAAAGUUCCGUCUGCCAGUCAAACAGCAGGGAUCUCCUUAGUGAAAAAGAGAGUAAAGAGGGAAAUCUGGAGGCAUCUGAAAGUCAGAGAGGACCGUCUGAGAGCAAGGGGCAUAAAAAACUCCUUCAGCUGCUCACGUGCUCCUCAGACGAAAGAGGACAUUCUACAGCAUCGAACUCACCUUUAGACUCAAAUUGUAAAGAGCCUUCUACCAGUGUUACCAGUCCUUCAGGAGUUUCCUCAUCAACAUCUGGAGGGGUGUCUUCCUCCUCCAACGUGCACGGGUCACUCCUGCAAGAGAAGCACAGGAUUUUACAUAAAUUGCUGCAGAAUGGCAAUUCUCCAGCAGAGGUGGCCAAGAUCACAGCUGAAGCUACUGGCAAAGACACGUAUCAUGAGGCUGGUAACACAACCUCCUGUGGAGAAGGCACUGUCAAACAGGAACAAUUGAGCCCAAAGAAGAAGGAAAACAAUGCUUUACUAAGAUACCUGUUAGAUAAAGAUGAUGUUAAGGACCCGCUUUCCAAAGAGUUGAAGCCUAAAGUAGAAAGUGUGGAUAAUAAGAUGGGACAGUGCACUAGUUCUACAAUUCCUACUUCUAGUCAAGAGAAAGAGAUGAAAAUAAAAAUGGAGCCAGCAGAGGAGAUGAAUGGAGACUUGGAUAAUUUGGAUGCAAUUCUAGGUGAUCUGACUAGUUCAGAGUUUUACAAUAAUGCUAUGUCAGCCAAUGGAAAUAACCUUGGAACAAAGCAAGCAUUAUUUCAAGGAAAUGCCUUAUUGGGUGUGAAGAGUUCCCAGUCUGUGCAGACUGCUCGCCCUCCUUUUAACAGAGCCAUGUCUUUAGACAGCCCUGUGGGCUCAAGCUCUUCCGUGAGGAAUGUCAAUGCAUUCUCCAUGUUACAAAAGCAAAACUUGAUGGGUGGAAGUCCAAGAAUGAUUGAAAACCAAGAAAAUUUUGGAGCAAAUCUGGCUGCUCCCAACAGGAACGUGGCCAUGAAUCAGCAUCAGCCCGACUGGGGUUUGCCCAACUCCAAGGGGAGCAGGUUGGACCCCGCAGGCUCUGCCGGGCUGUUGAGGGCAGGCCCCGAGUUCAGCCCCGCGGCGCUGCCCCGGCCCGCGGCCGGCUCUGGGGCUCUGCCCCUGCGCUCCCACAGCCUGCCCGCCUCCAGGCCAGGCCUGCAGCAGCCCAUGAUCCACAUGAGGCCAAAUGAGAUAAACAUUGGAAUGGCAGGGAAUCCCUAUGGACAGCCUGGACCUUCUAACCAGCCUGGAUUGUGGCCUGACAACGUGCUGUCCGUGGAGCAGGCACGGGGUUCACAGAACAGACAGCUAGUUAGAAACUCUUUGGAUGACCUCUUAUGUUCAGCUCCAAAUAUGGAAGGCCAGAAUGAUGAAAGGGCACUUUUGGAUCAGCUGCACACAUUGCUGAGUAACACAGAUGUCACAGGGCUGGAAGAAAUCGACAGAGCAUUAGGAAUUCCUGAUCUUGUAAGCCAAGGACAAGCUUUGGAACCUAAACAAGAUUCAUUUCAAGGUCAGGAAUCUUCCGUCAUGAUUGAGCAGAAGCCUUCGUUAUAUGGUCAGCCCUAUCAAGGGCAAGGGGCAGCAAUGCCAGGAGGUUUUAGUAACAUCCAGGGACAACAGCCAUCUUUUAAUUCAGUGAUGAAUCAGAUGGGCCAACCAAGCAACUUCCCACUGCAGAGUGUGCAUCCCAGGGCCAACGUGAUGAGGCCUCGCACCAACACGCCCAAGCAGCUCCGCAUGCAGCUCCAGCAGAGGCUUCAGGGCCAGCAGUUUAUCAAUCAGACCCGUCAGACGCUUGAAAUGAAAAUGGAAAGUCCAGUCAGUGGAAAUACCUCAGCAAUGAGACCAGUUAUGCAGCCACAGGUGGGAUCACAGCAAGGUUUUCUUAAUGCUCAAAUGGUGGCUCAGCGUAACAGGGAACUAAUAAGUCACCAUUUUAGACAACAGAGGAUGGCAAUGAUGAUGCAGCAGCAACAGCAACCUCAGGCCUUCAGUCCACCACCAAAUGUGACUGCCACAGGAAGCAUGGAUAGUGCUUUGACAGGCCCUCCAAUGGCUCAAGUUCCUCCACAGCAAUUCCCCUAUCCACCUAAUUAUGGUUUAAGCCAACAACCUGAUCCUGCAUUUAGCAGAGUAUCAAGCCCUCCCAACCCAAUGAUAUCAUCAAGAAUUGGACCCUCCCAGAAUCCUGUGAUGCAGCAUCCUCAGCCAGCAGCAAUGUACCAGUCCUCAGAGAUGAAGGGCUGGCCAUCAGGAAGCAUGGCCAGGAACAGUUCUUUCCCCCAGCAGCAGUUCAGCCAUCAGGGCAAUCCAGCAGCCUACAGUAUGAUGCACAUGAAUGGCAGCAGUGGCCACAUGGGACAGAUGAGUAUUAAUGCCAUGCCUAUGUCAGGAAUGCCCAUGGGUCCAGACCAGAAGUACUGCUGACACCAGAACCACAUCUUCAAGCAAGAAAGGCUGUAUUACUGAUGCACUAGUGUUGGAAAGGAAGAUGACUCAGACUGGGCUUGCAGAAGUUACUUCAUUCAGAGGAAAAAAUAAGCCAAAAAAACCCUCCCUAUCCCCCCCCCCAAAAAAAAAAUUAGUAGAAGAAGUCUCUGUAUUACUGUAUAUUGUGGAGUACAAAAAAAGUUUGUUAAUAUUUUUGGCGCUCUUCCUCUAGAACUGUGAAUUUGGUAAUGACAUUUUAGUAGAUUGGAUGGGUAGGCUCCUGGUGUACCUGAUCUGUUUACUGUAUCCAAAGCCCUUCAGCUACAGGCAGACAAAAGUGCCUGGAGAAGUCACAGUGGUAAGAAUUUUUGAUUUCUCUAGUAACAGUAUCUGACAGAGAAUGUAGUCUUAGCCUUGACUCUUUUAUAUUAAUUCCUGAAUAUAAAUGCUGCUUUUAGUCUCUUACCCCCAAGAGUCAGGGAUUUCCCAAGCAAAGUAGCAGUGCAAAAUGAAUUGGCACGUUCUAGUCCAAAAUCCUGUCCACUGAAGCCAAGGGUUAAAAAGAGAGGAUAAACAGUUUAAAUUAUUUAAACACAGUUGUGACUAAUAUUUACAUAUUGCUGUGCAGCUGAGUGCACUUUAUAGAAGACUAUAUAAUGGAUUAAUGCAAUAUCUUUGAUAAGGACUUAAUAUGAAGGUAGGGGUGUACUCAUGUUCCUUCUCAAACACAAUCUCUUAAGAAUUAUUUGAAAAGACUGCAUAAUGUAAUGUGUUCUGUGUAUGGAAAUUAGAGCAAUAAUCUUUCAUCUUUUUUGGAAAAUAACUUCAGAAAAGGCAAGGCACUGCAGUCAGAAUCAGAAUUUUGCAGUCUUUUUGUGAAUAAAUUUUGUAAAUAUGAUCUUUAAGAUAAUGUAUUAUAUAUAUGACUUUUGUAGGUCACUAACUCAUUUUUGCAGAGUUUGUGAAGCUAAAUAUUUAACAAAAUUAAUUUCUGUAAACUCAGUGUAGUUGAGGUCCAAAUAGAAUUUUUCUUUAAUUAGAUUUAAUGACUUUAAAGCUGGGUGACUUUGGCCCACAUAUUUCUCUUUUUUGGUCUUCAACACUUCAUUUAUUUUUACAUCUUUAACAUAUAGCUUUUUAUAAAAAAGACCGGUUGUAAAAUGCUUUCUCCACCUGUGAGCACUUUUGUUACACGUCUUUUUUUUACAGAAGGCAGUUUGACACAAAGGCUCUGCAUUGUGAGAUGUCCCAGCUUGUCAGGACAGUCGUGUCUUUCUGUAAUAGGUCACCUUUUCAGCUGAUGAAUCUGGAUUGUGUCUUUCUUGGUCAGUUUUAAUGAGCUCUAAAUGUUAUCUUUGGAAGUGUUCGUCUGUUGCAAACUAUUCCUUGUUACAUGACAUCCAGAAAUCUUUAAGGAUAUUAAGCCACACUUUAACCAAAUGUCUGCACCUCCACUGGAUUGUUCUAAUAGGAAGGAAUGUAUUUUCUAAGCAGGUUUCUCUGAUAUCAGUAUUUAAGUCUGGUUACAUAUUAUUUGCUGGUAACGUGGGGGGUUUUUUCCCCUCCAUUUUGGGGCCUUGGAAUGAAGAUCCCGUUGCAGUUUUUAAAGUUACAACAAGUCAAACCUCUAAACUUCCAUAAGUGAUGACCCAGAAAUGUUUAAGAUGUGUGGUGCUCCUGUUCUGUUGUUCACUGUGUAAUGGAAGACUGAUUUCUCCCAAGUGAGUACAAAAAAACCAACCCUGAUCUGUGUUCUUUAUUGCUUGUUCUUGGUACGUUAGCAAGAGGUGGUUUUACUGUUCAGAAUAUUCAGUGAGCUUCCAUUUUAAUAGAAAUAACUCUAAAUAGAAAUAGUCUCAAAACAUUCAUCCUUAGCAUCCAGCCAGUUGUAUUCCAAAGGGAAUGUAGAUCAGUUAAUCUCUGCCAUUAGCACUGAGUAAACAGAUUAGGUGACAGCAUUUAUUUGAAAUCUUCUGUCCAAUUCACCUGUGUUUUUUAAUGCAAAACUUUUAAAAGCCUGAGGAACUUUUCUCUUUUUUUUUUUCCUUUUUUACAUUUCUUAGAACAUAUCUAUUUAAGUGCUGCCUACUGAAGCUGAAAGGCAACAAUCCCAUGCUUUUUAUAUCAGAUCAGAGCAGAACAAUCUUUAUAUUUUGUAGUUGUUCAUUAUAUUGAUGGAAACUACAAACCCUGGUUGCUUUCCUUAGGUGAGCUCUUAGGACUAUGGACUGCUUUAUACAUCCUGCCCUACAAUUUUUGUAAAGUGAUUCUGUUUAUACAUCUGUGUUUAACUGGUACCUGACUGAUGUUUUAAGGAUCAUCAUUUUCUCAUCUGUGUUUAGAUUGUACCUUUUUUUUUUUUUCUUUUGCUGAAUCCAAAGAUUUUUAGUUUAAACUUGAUUAAGGGGGAGGGGGCAUUUUUAAAAAGCAUUGAUGAUGACAUCUUUCUUGGCAGCACUAAUCCUGCAUAGGACAUCUAGUUUGAAAUCUGCUGACAUUUAGUUAUUGCCAUCAGUUUUGCUUUGGUUCUGUGGCAGCAGAUUUUUCUGAAUGUUUUUAAAAAAACAACCUGUAUAACAUUAUUCAACAGUAAGAGAUCAAUUAGCUAGUACAGCCACCUCUGAUCACUGCUGCAUAAAUGUGUUGUUUUACUACAUGUCUCUUUUGAUCACAGAAAUCACGUGGUUAUUAAUAAAACUCAUAUGUAAUACUUUUUUUUUCUUGGCCUAAAAUACUGCUUUCAAAGUUAGAAAAUCCAGACCACGUUUCAGUCACAAGACAAAACUUAUUUGAAUGUUGCACCAAUUAGCACACCUUUUAUUUUAGAAUUUAUGUGCAGACUACCAGAUGACAGAAUGAUACAGCAAGUAUGAAACCAUGUAAUUCUGAGAGCAAUAUUUAAAAAAAAUUCUCAGGAGAAGGCAUACAGUAUUGAGAACUGCAUUUAAGUUUAGUUUACAUUGUAAGUAUUGCUUGAAAUAUCUGUAUCUUUAUUUUGCAAAACAGAAAAAUCACGGGGACUGAUUUAUAAAAGAGUUGGUUGUAAGGUAUUACCGCCCUUCUGGCUUUUGUGUUUGGAUGUUAAUAAUAAUGUAAAUAAAGGUUUCUAUUUAAAAUCA